AUGGCUAUCUGGAUGAUUUCGUCACACAAGCUGCACAACAACACUGUGCCUCUUGAAACUAAUUAUCUUGAUGCGCAAUUCCAUGUUGCUGCAGCCUUAUGGGUCCACAUCAUUCUCAUGACUGCGGCUUCGAUUUUUAUGCUCCCAAUGAUCAUUGUAUUCAGAGAUAGAAACCAUCCUUGGUACAUUGCUUGUAGGGUUGCUACGGUCAUUUCGAUGGUGCUUGGAACUGCAGCGACCUACGUCGAGAAGAACGGACUACUGUCAUCAUCUCAUGGCGCCAUGGGAUACAUCGUCAUCUUUCUUGUCGUGGCAUAUCUCUUCAAUAAUGUGUGGCAUAGGAGGUCUUCCAUCCCUAGACUUACAAAUAAGGUUCGCCUCGUGUUUCAACACGUAAUUUUCGCCGUCCUCCCGAUACUCUUCUACGUCGAAAUUCUCCUAGGGGUGAUCACCUUAUUGGGAUUUUGUUCCAGUCCGUACACCCAACAAUGCUUCGGUCAUCUAGGAAUUGGCAGUCUUUACCUUCUCUACUUCUCAUUCUGGGCGGCUCUUGUUCAUAACGCAUGGGUGAUCUCCCAUCCGAUGCUAACAUCGGAGGUCCUGGAUGCUGCCUUUCUUGUACCCUCUGCCUUGGGUCUUUCACGUAAACUAAACACUGAUUCUGCUUCAUUGCGGCGUGAUGCUGACUCUGUGUUCAAAUCUAUAGUUUUCGGUCAUGCUUGGGGCUACCCUUGGGACGACGAGUCCGUCCAACAUGUCGCCGUUGGCAUUUUCGGUCUUCUUGCAACUGUCAUCGGUACUUUCUCAAGAGAUUUAGGUGGAAAACCUAAACGUAAUAUCUUUCCUGGUCUCGUUAGUCAUAAAACCUACCUUUUGUGGUCUGUCACUGAUGAGCCAAGGUCUCCUGUAUAG